AUGAAAAUUGCUGAUCCAGAUGAUUCAUUGUCGAACUUACCAAUUGAGAUUUUAAUCGGUGCAGAUUACUACUGGAUUGUUAUGAAUUCUGAAGCUCCAGUCAGGUUGUCGGAUUCUCUGGCCUUGGUCCCAUCAAGUUUUGGUUGGGUACUUAGUGGAACUCGAUCACACGCAACAGUUUCCUUCAUUUCAACGGUUCAUAAUGUUGAUGUGGAUACUUCAACUCAGGAAUUAGACAAUGUGGUACGAAAUUUCUGGAACUUAGAGAGCAUUGGCAUACAACCAACACAAGAAAAAAUAAGUCCUCACAACUCUGAACUCUUAACGAACUUUCAUCAAUCUUUUGAAAUCAUCGAUGGUAGAAGAGUUGUAAAAUUGCCUUGGAAACCAGAAGUUCAACUUUCGUCGAACAAUUAUGAAGUCGCAAUUCAACGAUUUAAAUCUUUAACAAGGAAAAUGCAUGCAAAUUCAGAAUUCAAAGAAAAAUAUAUUGAGCACAUGCAAGAUUACAUUGAUAAAAAACACGUUGAAGUUGUCUCAGAAACACAUAAUGAGGAAGGUUUAUAUUACUUGCCCCAUCACGCUGUAAAGAAAAUCACAAAUGGAGAAACUAAGUGGCGUAUAGUUUUUGAUGCAUCUUCACAUUCUCCAGGUCACCCAUCUUUGAACGACGCUCUUGAAGUAGGACCAAAUCUUCUUCCCGAUAUCUUAGCCACAUUGUUGAGAUUUCGACUUUCUAAAAUAGCAAUCACUAGUGAUGGGCGACAAGCAUUUCUGCAGCUGAUUCUAGCAGAAGAAGACAGAGAUGCAACACGAUUUAUUUGGUACAAUACUACAUAUACUCCUGAUGGGAAACUCUGCACUGAAGAUAAAAUUGUAACCUAUCGAUUCACACGUCUUCCAUUUGGACUCGUCUCUAGUCCAUUUUUAUUAGCAGCUUCUCUUCGUGAAUUGGCUACAAAACACAAACAAGCAUAUCCUACAGCAACUAGACACAUUGAGAAUAACACCUAUAUGGAUGAUUUUAAAUGCCAAAGCAAUUCCGAUUGUGUUGGUCUGGCGCUUGAACCGGUUGAGGAAGGUGAUUAUUCAAGAGAUUGUUAUACUCUGAAAUAUAUCAAUGAAGAGGAUUGUUCUGAUGGUGGCUGUGCUUACGAGGGUUAUCAGGUUUACCACUAUCAGUAA